AUGGUGUCUCCUGAGGAUUUGGUGGCCGCAGCCGCGGUACUCACUGGCCUGGGCCUCCUGGCCUGGUGCCUUUGGGCAGGGAGGCUGGAGGUGCCUGGAGAUUGGGGAGAGGAGGAAGAGGAGGGGAUACCCUUCAUCGCCGAGGAUGGCUCAGGGCGCUGCCGGCUGCUGUGCAAGCCCUCAGCUCUGGCCCAGCACCUGGUGCGGAGCUUGGGGCAGUCAGCGGCGCUGCGGAGGGGCACUCGACACGACACCGGGCUGGUGGCCCUGGACUGGCUGGUGGGGGCGGGGGGGGCCAGGGGUGGGAGGGGGGGGGGGGCCCAGCUCAUGCUGCUGCUCAUCCCCAAUGCUGCCGGGAAGGUGACGGGGGGGCUGCUGCAGCUGGGGCUGCGGGCGCUGGAGCGGGGCUUCAUCCCUGUCAUCUUCAACCGCCGGGGUCACAAUGGCUGUCCCCUCACCACCCCCCGGCUCCAGCCCUUCGGGGACCCUGGGGACCUGCGGGAAGCAGUGACCUACCUACGCUGCCGGCACCCCGCUGCCUCACUGCUGGCCGUCAGCGAGGGCUCGGGCUCGGGGCUGCUCCUCGCCUAUCUCGGGGAGAGCGGCUCCUCCAGCCGCCUGGCUGCUGCUGCCUGCAUCUCCCCCAUCUUCCGCGGCCGGGACUGGUUCGAGGCUGGGAUGCCCUGGCUCUACGAGUGCCCGCUGCUCCUGCACCUCAAGAGGGGACUCAGCAGGUCAGUGGGGUCCCUUGGGGCUAGGGGAGGGGGUGCCCCAGGAGCCCCUUGCUGGGAGGCCUACUGGGAGCGCAACGAGCCCCUGCGCGACGCCGACGAGGCGGCCGUGCCGGUGCUGUGCCUCUGCAGCGCCGACGACCCCGUCCGCGGCCCCCCGGCCCGCAGCCUGCCCCUGGAGCUCUUCCGCAGCAGCCCCUACUUCUUCCUGCUGCUGACCCCGCGCGGGGGACACUGCGGCUUCCCCCAGCGGGGACCGGGACGCUGCUGGGGCCACGAGGCUGUGCUGGAGUACUUCAGGGCCAUGGCCGAGUUCCUGCGGGCAGAGGAGCGGAGGAAGGGGCUGCCGCGGCCCCGCAGGUGGGGGGACCUGGAGAGCACGGCCUCACCGGCGCUCAAACUCUGCUCGCAGCUUCCCGGGACGCCCAGCAAAGCUAUUCUCGACUUGCAGACUUGCCUCUGCCACAAGACAAGGAGCAUAGGUCCUUACUUCACUCCUAAGAAGCGCCGGGGCGGGGGGGGAGCCCACCCCUCAGUGGCAGGUCUUGCAGUGCAAGCCAGCUGCAGCCGGGGCAGGGACACCGAGACCCACGCAAGCGACUGCAUCGCACCCACAAAUUCGCCCUUCGCGGCUGCCACCAGCUGCAGUCGGGCUCUGCCGGAGCCGUGCAAUAGCAGCGGCGACGUACUUCAGCUCGUUAACAACCCUGUGCUGAUUUCUAAACUCUGCUAA